AUGAACUACUCACCAAAAGAUGAUGAAGAGUCAACUAUUUUCCAGCGCAUGGUCGAUCUAGAGCAGGAGCUUGUUGAAUUUCAGCAGUCAAGCAAAGAAUUGGAAGAAGCUCUUGAGGCGGAAUUGAACGAGCUAGAGGAAAAAAAUAAAGCUCUCACGGAACAGAUCAAUGCUAGAGAUAAUAGGCUUCAACUGCUAGCAUCUCAGCUAAUUGAAGCCAAUAAUGAAAUAAACAGGCUUUCGGAAGCACAGAAGAAACAGAAAAUCCAAUAUGAGAAUGAGAUCAACCUAUUGAAGCAAAAGCUCGUAGCAGUGGAGAUUCUGAAUGAUGAUAUGGGAGUCAAUGAUCGCAUACUUGAGAGUGAGUUGCAAAACGCUAAGCAAGCAAAAAAUGAGCUUUUGGAAAAACUAGCUUUGGUGGAAAGUGAGUUAGAGAACGAAAAACAAUUGAAUGCGCAACACAGACUUUGCAUUUCAAACUUUGAGGCAGCAGAAGUCAAGCCUACUCAAAAGGCACGCCACCUGCAGCAGUUUGGAGCCAAAAACAAAAGGCUCAGUACUUCCAAGAGCACCCAAUCUAUCGCUGAUACAACCGUUGAUGGAACAUUCCUCGAUAUCAAUGAAUUCCUCGCGACAGAACCUCCAGAACCACCGAAGAAGCAUGGUGAAACACCAAGAUCAGGAUCGAUGGGCAAAACCCAUGAGCACUACCUCCGCUCCGAAGAGAUUGCACAGAAAGUAGGCGAGGUAAAACAGUAUUUUGAUCUCAAGGCCAAUUGCACCAUACAUGUCCCUCCACAGAGGGCGCAGAUAACGCCGCAAAUCUCAAAUUUUAAUAAAAAUGCUAAAAAGAGCUUUUCGCUUUUAAAUUCAACUAACGCCAAAGACCAUGAAACCACUCGAGACAAGCCCCGACAUGGUGGUCAAACGUCGCAACCGAUACUGCGCGAGCUGACUUUGAACUACCGAAAGUUGAGUGAGGCAAAACCUACAACCAAGAAAAGCCGACUAAGAACUGUCAUGAAAUUCUUUGCAUAA